AUGGCGGAGGCUCUUGGAGCUUUGUUGGAGGCAAGCUUGGAUCCGCGCCGAAACAAGGAAGCCGAGCUUGCCCUGCGACAAGAGGAACAGAAACCGGGAUUUUCGUUGCAACUCCUUCAGAUCUCGGCAUCCGAAUCCUAUCCCAGCAACAUUCGUCUUGCCAGCGCCCUUUGUUUCAAGAAUUUCGUCAAACGCAACUGGACCAACGAGGAUGGAAAUUGGAAGCUUCCUCAAAAUGAAGUGGAAACGAUCAAGCGCGAGCUGAUCACCUUGAUGAUUUCUGUUCCUCCUUCCAUUCAGACUCAGCUAGGCGAGGCCGUCAGCGUGAUCGCAGACAGCGAUUUCUGGGAGCGAUGGAACACUCUUGUCGAUGACCUUGUCUCAAAACUUUCACCUUCGAACCCAACCGUCAACAUCGGUGUUCUGCAAGUUGCGCACUCAAUUUUCAAGCGCUGGCGACCGCUCUUCCAGUCAAAUGAGCUCUACAUUGAGAUCAAUCAUGUCCUGGAAAAGUUCGGUACUCCAUUCCUGUCAUUGUUCGAGCCGAUCUACUCACAGGGUCUCGACGCCUAUCUCGAACAAAACAAAAGCAACAAGGAAAACCUCAUCCAAGGUUACACGCAGCUCAACUUGAUGAUCAAAUUGUUCUAUGACCUUUCGUGCCACGAUCUUCCUCCCAUGUUUGAGGACAACCUUGGCGCAAUUUCGCAAAUCCUGUUGAAAUACCUCACGUACGACAACGAGCUUCUGCACACUGAUGACGAAACGGAGGCCGGUCCGCUGGAAUAUGUCCGCGCUGGGAUCUUCGAGGCUCUGACUUUGUACGUUCAGAAGUUCCUCGAUGCCUUUGGGCCUCACGUUGGACAAUUCAUUCAGAGCUCAUGGGGAUUCUUGACUACCAUUGGUCAAGAAACAAAAUACGACAUUCUCGUCAGUCGGGCUCUGCACUUCUUGACUUCAGUCGCCAGCAUGCCCGAGCACGCGGCAUCUUUCCAGGCCGAGGAGACUCUUGGACAGAUCAUCGAGAAAGUUAUCUUGCCCAAUGUCAGUCUGCGAGAGUCGGAUGAGGAGCUUUUUGAAGACGAGCCGAUUGAGUUCAUUCGUCGGGAUCUCGAGGGCUCUGAUAGCGAGACUAGACGCCGUGCCGCCACAGACUUCCUUCGACGACUAGCCGAGAAAUUCGAGGAGUCCGUGACCAAGGUCACCUUGAAGUACAUUGAGCAUUAUCUCGCUGAAUACGCGAAGAGCCCCUCGUCCCAAUGGAAAUCCAAGGACACGGCAACCUAUCUCUUCUCUGCCAUUGCCGCCAAGGGCGUUGCCACUUCGACACAUGGCGUUACAGCUACGAACAGCUUAGUUAGCAUCACAGACUUUUUCCAGCAACACCUGGCUGCGGAUCUUGUGGCUGACGAUGGAGUUCACCCGAUCCUCAAAGUGGAUGUGAUCAAGUACCUUUACAAUUUCCGCAGCAUCAUUACCAAGGAGCAGUGGCAACAAGUGCUUCCAAUCUUGGUCAAGCAUCUCGCAUCUCCAAAUUACGUCGUGUACACGUACGCUGCAAUUGCCGUGGAGCGGGCACUUUUCUUGAGUGAUGCUCAGAAUCAGCCUGUCAUCCCACCUGCCAACAUCAUCCCCUUGUCUAAGGAACUCUUGGAGCACAUUUUCCAGCUCAUCCAAAGCAAUCCGGCUCCGGAAAAGGUGCAGGAGAACGAGUUCCUCAUGCGGUGUGUGAUGCGGGUGCUGGUCGUCAUUCGGGAGGGCGUCGUUCCCUUCACAGAUAUCGUGUUGGCCCGUUUCAUCAACAUCACAGACAUUAUCCGCACAAACCCCAGCAACCCUAAGUUCUACUACUACCACUUUGAGGCCCUGGGUGCUUUCAUUCGAUUUGCUGCCCCGGCGAACCCCGACAAGCUCGAACAGGCGCUCUACACCCCGUUCGCUGGGAUUCUCCAAAACGACGUUCAAGAGUUCAUGCCCUACGUUUUCCAACUCUUCGCCGCUCUGCUGGAGGCCAACCUCAUGUGGGAAUCUCGCGGCAAUAUUCCUGCUCUGGUUCGCCUGCUUUCAUCAAUCAUUCCGCGUGGCUCCCAGUACAUCAUCGAGCAUAAUCAGGUUGAGCCCAUUCUGGGUAUUUUCCAAAAGUUGUUGUCCACAAAAACGAACGAGGGAUACGGCUUCGAUUUGCUGGAGUCCGUGGUCGCAACUUUCCCACCUACCGUCAUGGAGCCAUACUUUAUCCAGAUUAUGCAGAUCAUUCUGCAGCGCCUACAAAGCUCAAAAACCGAGAACCUUUCUAUGCGUUUCGUCCGGUUCUAUCACUUCGUGACCGCUCAUGAUGAGAAGGGAUACAGUCCAGACACCAUCCAACAGAUCUGCGAGAAGAUUCAGGCAGAUUUGUUCAAGGGUGUCUAUCUCGGACUCGUCCUGGCUGAUACACAAAAAUUGGCACGCCCUCUCGACCGCAAGACUGCGGUUAUUUCAUUGACGAAGACUCUGGCCAACUCGGAAGCAUUUGCUACCAAGUACGUCAAGGGCUGGGCGCUUACUUGCAACACUCUCCUCAAGCUCCUCGAGCUUCCUCCCGAGGUUGUUCACAAGGAUGACAUCAUUGAGAUCGAUGCUGAGGAGAUGUCAUUCGGCGUCGGCUUUACUGCACUCAACACCAUUCGCAUGCAGCCUAGGGAUCCUUGGCCCGAAACUGGGGCUGACCUGAAGGCCUGGGUUGGAUCCUAUUUGAAGGAAUCUGACAAGAAAAAGGGUGGUCGGGUAUCGCAAUUUGCGCAGGAGCGUCUUGAUGACCAAGCCAAGGCAGUACUCGGUAGCUACAUCUCUUAA